CGCUCAGUUCCUCGUCGAAGUUGAAAGCGUUUGGUGCUCGCAGCGGAAAAGCGAACCUGGCGGCACCCAAACAAAUAUUUAGAAAAAAAAUGAAUAAAUAAGGAAAAGCUGGGGAAAACUUUGAAAACGGGCGCGCGAACAAGUGAGCAGCGGCGGCAGAAUCAAAAUCAGCAGCCGAAGUGAAGUCACGUCAAGCGGAAAGCACAGUGCAAAUGAAAAAGUGAAAAUAAUUUGUGAAUAAAUCAGUUGGUAGAAACAAUGAUGGACUAACGGAUUUUUGCCGGACCUUGCGUGAAAUUUGGCAGAAGCUGAAUCGAGAAGGAUAAACUUUUUGGCCCGCUAUGCCCAGGAAUUGUGCGGUGGCGAGGAGCGCGGCUGUUGAUAUAGAUUCAGAUUCUGAUUCAGAUACAGAUACAGAACCAAUUUUAUUUGCCGCUCGCAUUGAACAUGUGCCAAAGCUGCGAGCUGCUCGAAGCUGACUCUGGUAAAACCGCGACGAGGACGACGAUGCCACUUGAUUUCGGCCAACUUAAAUAAGCAGGCAAGGCGAGGCGAAGCGAGGCGCCACCAAACCGCACCACCAACUCAAUCACCGACACAGCCGCGCGCAAAAAAAAAACAAACAAAUAAACUAGGCAAAAAGCAGCUCGCAACCGGAAAUGGCCGCGCCCAUCGACGAGAGUGUGCUGAAUGCACUGAGGGGCGUGACCAGCGCCCACACCCGCCUGCCCAAGCCGCUGCUCAUCAAGAUCUACGUGGCCAGCCUGAAGCAGGAGUUCAACCAGGAGCGCCGCAUGCUCCUCGAACUGGUCGGUCCCGAGCUGCAGUCCCUCUACGAUGACCGACAAAUUGAGCUGGAAUUCGUGGACAUGCACUUCGGCACUGGUGACCUGGAAGUGCAUCAGCUGGAGCGGGAUCCCUACUUGAUCCAUGACUAUCUGCACGAGAUCGACACCUGCCACGCCCACACGAAGAGCGUCUUCUUCAUGGUGCUCGUGGGCGAUGGCAUCGGUCGUCAGCUGCUGCCCACGAAAAUAGAUGAGGACAUCUUCUCCGCAGUCCUGGCUGAUCAGCAGACCUCUGCCGACCAUGAGGCCAUGCUGGUCAAGUGGUACGAAAAGGAUGCAAGUCAAUCGCAACGGCAGCUCAAGCAGGAUUAUCGCCUGAUGACCGCGGAUGCCUGGCUGGCUGAAUCACAGCGAAUGCAAAGCUUUCUGGAACAAGCCUUUCAAUUGUUGCUUCAAGGAUCCGGUGCAUCAGGACGAUCGCCUGACUUUGUAGAACGGGUUCAGCUGCUUCGACGCACGCAGAUCGAAAGGGAAGUCUCGCAGGCAAUGGGUAUGUUGGCCCUCACCAGCGAGAAAAUCCUGGCAGUUUUCCGAGAACGAGCCGCUCAGUGCAGCAAGGGGGACGUGGAGGCGGCAGAGCGGCUGCGAAAAAUCAAGGACGAACUCACCAUGAACCUUUCCACAGAUAAUCACACUACACUUGUGGUGCCCGGCAGUGCCGCCAGCGAGGCCAUCGACCCGGACAACGAGGACCACGAGUCCUACUUGAGCAAGUUCAAGAACAAAGUGACCGACAAGCUGCGCCUGCUAAUCGAGGCGCAUAUAACCAAUGAUCCCGACGUAAUCAAGGGGAGGAAAAAGACUGUGCAGGAAAUCUUUCACGAGCACGCCACGCACCUGCGAAUCCUGCGGGAGCACACGGACAGCGACGCUCUGGUGGAAUCGCGGGUGCCGCAACAGCUCCGCCAGAAUCUGAUGGCCAACUUCCGGAACGGCAGUCGGCAUGCUCCGUACUUUCUCUGCGGUGCGGAUGGGAGUGGCAAGAGCGCCAUACUGUGCCACCUGUACGGCCAGGUGGGCAGCUGGUUUGGAUCCACUCGCGUGCACCGGGUGAUUCGCUUUGCCAAGGCCACGCCCCGUUCCGCCUACAAUCUGGAGCUGCUUCGCGUGAUUUGCCAGCAGAUCUCAAUCAUCUUCAACAUACCGGAGGGCUAUUUGCCCAAGGACGCCUCCUUUGAUCCGCUGUAUAUCAACACUUGGUUCCAGAACCUGCUGCGUCGAGUCGAGGAUAUGGGCAAUGAUGUCCUCUUCCUGUUUAUCGAUGACUUGCACUUGCUGAAUCCACUGGACUGCGAUAUUGUGACGGCUCUUUCGUGGCUGCCCACAUCGCUGCCGUGGAAUGUGCAGAUCAUCUGCAGCUCAACCACGCCCGUGGAGCAGCUCAAGUUUACACCGAUGCAGCGGGAUCGCUUUAAGUCCGUCGAAUACCAGUUCGAUCUGAAUAUGGGUGACUAUGCCACAAAGCUAAAGAUACCGCCGCAAUGCAUUCCGGGCGACGUGAGCUUUGCCCUCUACGUGGAGCAGCAGUUCGACCAGUUGGAACGCCACUACGGACGACAGGCGGUGGGCGAUCUGGCUUCCUACAUCACCUGCUCGGAGUACGGAUUGAGUGAGACGGAGCUGCUGGAGCUUCUCAUGCCCACCGACGAUCCGGAGUCGCUUAUCGAGACCAAGAACGGACACUUUAGCUUCGCCACCUUCAAGAAGAUCCAUCGUGAGAUGGACCUACUACUGCUCCUGCACGACAAGAUAAUGUCCGGCAAGGUGCUGAUCCAGUGGCGGCACAACUACUGCGCCUCGGUGGCCAAGCGACGGUACAUGGACGUCCAGAGGACGCGUAGCCUGCACUGCGAGCUGGCCAACCUGUUCUUUCCGCAGGACGAGGACGAAAGCACGCUGGAGAACGAGUCGAAUCGCAGCGAGAGCAAGUCGGUGAUCAGCCUAAAGGACAGGGACCGCGAGAAGGACUCCCUGUCGGCGGUGUCAGCUGUUUCCGCCGGCCGGAAGUCAUCGUCCACGCAUCACAACGACGACACAUCCACCUUCUACAACCCCAUCGCAGCGGAUGUGAGCUACAGCAUGCGCCACGUGGAGGAGAGCUGGCACCACCUGAUGCGAUCCGAUGACACCACCCGCUUCAAGCAGAUCGCUGUCUGCAACUUCGACUUCCUGCUGGCGGCGGUGCAAACCGUGUCGAUCAGCUACCUGCGCUGCCUGAUCGAGCACGUGCGCUGCUACAUCCUGGACAGGGACAUCGAGUUGAUUUACUACACGAUUCGGAAGUCGAGCGACGUCCUCACCCGCGAUCCCAUGCAGCUGGGCUCCCAGCUGAUAUCCUGGCUGCGUCCGAUCAGCGAGCACGACGACGAUGACAACUCGCUGCUGAGCAUGACGGUCCGCUCGGCGACCGCCUGGUGCGACGGCUAUGCGGUACCGCUACUCGUACCGCUCACCGGCUGGCUGCCCGCGCCGCUGCCCUCGCAGAUCCGCACGAUGACGGUGUCCGGAACGGGAUGCAUUCGUGCCGUGUGGCUGGCUCCGUCGAAGCAGCACCUUAUCCUGGCCACCAGCUCCGGCGACGUGCAGCAGUGGCACAUCAUGAGCAACUCACUCGAUCAGAUCUUCAAGGGACACACUGCGGCGGUCACGUGCCUCCUGGUGGCUCCCCAGUCGGAUUCGGAGCUGCUGCUGACCGGCUCCGAGGAUGCCACUGUUCUUGUGUGGCACGUAGGGCUGCGCGAGCGACGGGCGCACAUAAAGAACGCCCACACGGCUCCGAUUACGGGCGUGGCAGCCGGCGCCAAUAACACGCUCAUCAUAAGCAGCAGCGAGGAUGCAAGCAUCGCCAUCACGGACCUGGCCAGCGGCAAACUGAGACACCGCAUCACCCAUCAUCGCGGACCAGUGAGUGGAAUCGUGGUGGCCGGAGCUUGCGAUGUCCUCAUCUCGGGCGGUCUCGAUAGGACGAUUUGCGUGUGGGAUCUGGACAACUUUGCCCUGCUGAACACUAUGCAGAUGACGAGUGCUGUACUGCGUAUUGAUAUUUCGUGGAAUUCGGUCUUUUUGCUGGCUUUGUGUGAGGACAAUGCUCUUUAUGUCCGCACACUGGCAACCGGCAAGGAGUUGCACACACUCAAAGGACACAAGUCGAAGAUCCGAAGCAUUUCCAUUGGCAAGGACAGCCAGCGUUGUGUGGUGGGCUGUGAUGAUACACGAGCGCUGAUCUAUGACAUGCACGCCGGAAAACUGGUAAGAUCGCUGCCUCCGAAUCCGGGUCCAGUCACCGCCGUUCAUGCGAUGGAUAAUGACGAUUUCCUGGUCACCGUGGGCGGCAACAAGAUCACCUUUUACUCGUUCCGCAACGAGGAGCUCUAUGUGAAUCCCUACUCCCGGCAUCCACGUCGCAAACGCAGCCUGAAGCGUCAUGCGCAGGCGCAGCGAUCGCCAUCGACCACAUUGCCACCCAUCACCUGCUUCGAUUUGUCCCGCGACUCCCAGCAAAUGGCCAUCGCCUCCGGGCGCCAUGUCCACCUCAUGAGGAUCAAUACUCCGGAAUACCAGUGCACAUUGGAGGGGCACACAGCUGGGGUAUCUUGUCUCAAAUUUGCGCCGAAUGGUGAGUUUCUGGCCACCGGCUCCGAGGAUCGUUUGGUGCACAUUUGGAACCUGGCUCUGGGUGAGAUCUGCCACUCCUUUAAGGGCCACACUGCACCGGUGGUCAAGGUGGUGGUGCUAAUGGAUUCGUUGCGAGUAAUUUCCACGGAUCGCGAUUCUAUGCUGCUAGUUUGGAUGGCCCAUUCGGGCAAUUUGUUGCAGACCAUCCAGGGUCCAUACAAAAGUCUGUCCGUGACCAACAAUAUGCGCUUUGCCGUCUCCACGAAUGGUGAUAACACACUCAAGAUCUGGUCACUGACUCAGGAGGACGAGAAGUAUUCCGUUUCGCAUUCGGACGAAAUCACAUGCUUCGAGAUUAGCGCAGAUAGUGUGCACAUCAUCAGCGGAUCUCGGGACAUGUCCUUAAAGGUGUGGCAAGCGACGGGCGGUAAGCUCAGCCAGGUGCUGGUGGGUCACAGCGAUGCGGUCACCUGCGUGGCCGUUUCGGUAACCAACAAGACUCAGGUCCUGUCCGGCUCGAAGGACAUGAAUCUCAUCCUCUGGGACCUGCUCACCGGCGAAGAGGUGCACACGCUGGCAGGACAUCUGGGUCCUGUGAUUGGAGUCAAAGUUUCGGCAGAUGGUUCCACUGCCGUUUCUGGAAGCGAUGACAAGACUCUGAUCGUGUGGGAAACGAAGCGCGGACUAGCUCUGACCUCGCUCCAAAUGCACGUGCCCUUCACCCACUUCGACAUUAGUCUGGAGGUGUCUCGAGUCCUGGUACAGCUGGUGGACAGCUAUAAUCUUCCCGUGAUUUGCUUGCAUAACACUCCAGCGCAGUAUGUGAAACUGCCUACGUAUUCGGGUCCCAGCAAGGAUGUUGAAGAUCUAAGACCGCAGGGUCCCAAGCGUCAGAUGAAGCGGCUACUGAAGAAGGAGGUUUCGUUGGACACGUACACCUGGCAGAAGAAGUACGGCCAUCUGACCUCCUCCGUGAUGAUGGCCCAGGUGGAUGAGCGGCUGAAGCGGCGUUUCAGCGUUUCGGCAAGCAUGGAGGAGAUCUCUAAGAUAGCCGAGACUAAGACAGGAGCUUCCCAGGCGAAUCUGGGACCGGAGCAGGCGGCUCUGGCCCAAUCGCAGCACUUUGAUCAACUGGAGGCGCUGUGGAAUAAGCGCUCGCCGCCGAGAAGACGUCACAAUGCGGGUCUCUCGAGGCAAACCUCGCUGGUGGAGGACCGGCUCGAAUCGUCGGACGACGACGAGUACCAGGACGAGCGCGCAGGUAAGUACACACUGGAAAACAAUCACUUUCUGGAUUCGGGGAAAAUUUCUCAGAUAUUCAAAGAGCAAAAACUUGCUUUAAAAGUAUAAUUGUAUGACAUUUGAUAUCAAUCAACAAGAUGCUAAAUAAUAAUUGGACCUAAACUUUUUAGUAAAAACAUGAUAUCAGUUAAAAGUAUAGGUAAAAGUCCUUUGGCACUCUUCAUUUGUUUAAUUAAACUGAGGCUAAUGUUAAUUAUUUUCAUAUAACGAAUUCAAUGCAACUUAAAGCAAGAAACCCGAGGAAUAAUAUUGCAAAUGGCUUUAGGAAAAGAUGCGAAAUCGCUGCAAUGAGACUGCGAAUGCCAUUUUCCAUUGUUAAUAGUAAUUAGUUUUUGCCCAGGUAAUGACAAGCCAACUCUGCGUGUUUUCUACUGUAAUGGCUUUCGAGUAAAUGGCUGCAUCAUGAAUAUUAAGUGCUCAUCCGACCGGUGGUCGUGCUCAUUUCGCAUUGGCCAACGCAGAAAAUGGCAAUCAAUAAAUUCGCAACGCGAUUAACUCGAUAAGCAAACAAGAGACCAGUGCAUCGCUGGCCGGGUAAUGAAUUGAGCGAAUUAAAACCAAUCAAUUCCACUCGAGCGGAAUCGAAUCGAAUUGAAUCCAAAUCGAAUGAUAUGGAAACGGGGUCAGGGAGUAGUGUCCUCAGAGGUAAGCAGCUCGUUCUUCCAGCUUUACGUUCAGUUCAAGCAUUUUGAUCGGCGAACCAAUCGUGGAAAUGUGGAAAUAUGGCCCGCAACUUGAGCCUGUGUACCAUAUUCUUAAAUCUUCGAUCUCACUAAGUAUUUGUUAUCACUUUCGACUUCUCUGGAUUUUAUAACGAUUUUACGCUCUCUCGAUGUGUACAUAUAUACAUAUAUAUAUAUAAAUAUUUAUAUAACUUCCUGCAUAUUUUUGAGUACUCGUUCCGUUUUAAAGUUGUUGUCCAGUUUGGCCACGUUUCUGCUGCUAAUCCAAUAAAAACAAAAGAAAAACCAUAUAACAGAUGAAAAUGAAGUUCCCAUUUUCCAUUCCAACUAUCCGAACCACAACUCCGACCGAACGACCAUCACCACCACCACCACCAACCACCACCACAACCAACAGCCACCGCCCACAGUUCGAAAACCAGUUCCCGCAGCUCACUGCUCCCAUAGACAAGUGCAUCCGGAGCAGUAGGAACGGCCAGCACUCUGAAUAAAUACUAAAUAUAAUAACCAAGAAAAGAAAUGAAAUGAAAACCAUUUAGAUAAGUUUACCCACCCACUCGAUUGGCAUGCUAUCUCCAACUCCAGUGUUUUUCCGCAAUUCGAAACUAGAGUCCACCGUACAGAGCACUUUGCAAGAAACCAAACACCGAACGGCACCAUCCAAAAAUUGACUAACCCAAAUCGGCUAAUUUUUUGGUUAAAUUUCGUCUUCUAGAUGACUUCGACGAUUUCUUUCAGUGGGGCUAGGACGUUAGGAUAAGAUAUCACAAUGUUAUUGCAUUAGUAAUUAGUACUAGGCAUUAGAACACACUUAGCUUUCGAGUAGAGUAAUACGGGCAUACCUAUACCUCAAAUGCAAAUGCUGAACAAGAAACACUUUUGAGAAUUCUACACAGUUUAUAACGUACUCGUAUAAUAGCAUACAUAUGUGUAUAAUCGACAAAACAACCCAUGCACAUCCGGCUGGAUAUCCGCAAGUAAGUAUAUGCAAUCUACCAGGUACAGAUACAAAUUCCUUAGCCAUGCCACUAGAGCUUAACCAUCUUAAUUUGGCCAAAAGGCCGCAGCGAGAGCCCUUUGCUUUGAUGUCUCGUGCAAGUAACGUUUAUUUGGCAGCAAUUGUAGAUGCCGGCAAUUAAUUCGAUGUUUGGGGCAUGCCACUAUACUAGCAGUAUAGAGUAUAUAGAGUAUAGCGUCUAGAGUCUAGAAUGCAAAUGCCAAUAUAAUCCCAGACAUUCUAAAGUACAUUCCGAAUUUGUUGUCAAUUUAUGCAGAUCAUUUCGCUUCGGGAGGAGGAGGAUACCACAAGGGAUAAGACCUGAUACAGCAAUUAAAUGGAAUACUUAUCCAAAAUGCCAAGCAAUAAUGGGGCAGACGAGCAUAACACAUAACCCAUCUCCCAUUUCUCUCUGUGUACGAGUAGAUGUAAACGAAUGAAAUGAAUGUGUAGUUAAAUCUGAUAAACCACCGUCUCAGACUUUGUAGGAAUUCUAGAGUUAAGUAAGCCCUUUACCAUUUACAAAUUUUAUUGUUGUAGAGUGUUUUAUGUACCUACCAAGCCAGAGCUAAAUGUUAAUUGUAUUGACCCGAUAACGCAAUAACUUAGAAUCUGUUCAAAUGCGAUAUGCAGAUACGAGCUCUCUAAAGGGGUAAAAAGCGUAACUAUGCUUAAAAAACACAAGUGAAACAAACAUUACUUAAUGAAGUCCACACACCCACACAUGCACACAGAUACACUGAGAACAUUGAUGGUUAACUAGGAAACUAAGCAAUUGAAUGUAUAUAUACUAAGCUACUAUGUUCGCUGUAGAAUUAGUUCGAAUUGCACUUUUUCGGGUCACGGGCUUGCACUUCCCUCGGAUAUAACUUCAAUAACUUUCUGACAAUCAGAGGUUCUAGCCUGGAACGAAAAACAAAAUAAAAAUAAUAAAAAAAAAAUAAAUAAAUAAUAUGCAACAGCAAAUCAACUUUAAACUGAGAACGACAUAAUGAUAUUUCUACACUGGAUAUUUCCAUGCAUGCCGCAAGUGAAACUUCGUUAAACUAAGAAAUCUAUUCCUAUGUAGCGUAGUGUAGUGUCCACAUCUCUGUAGCUGAGCCAAGCGCAUCUCCCGAGGAACUUUGCACCUGGAAACGAACACGGACGAACAAGGAUAUGGCCACGGAAUCGGAUAGCGAUAUCUAAACAUAGAAAAACACAAAAACACUCAGCAAUGUACACCCCCUGUCAAUGUCUAUUAAAUCGAAAUUAAACUCAACUUUACUGGAGAACGAAA